AUGAACCUCGAGCUCGCAACGACUACUUUUGUUCUUGUAAAUUUUUGUGUGGUAAUUGCCACUGAAACAGCCACAAAACCUCAUAUCUUGUUAAUAUUGGUUGACGAUCCUGGCUGGAGCGAUGUCGGUUUCCAUGGGUCGAAAAUUCGCACACCAAAUGUCGACAAGUUGGCGAGCGAUGGUGUCAUACUGGAUAAAUAUUACGUACAACCUUAUUGCACUACUACACGAGGCUCUCUUAUGACAGGCCGAUACCCAAUACACACCGGUAAGAUGGACCCAGCAGAGUCAGAUGCAGGGCUGUGCGGUAAAUUCCAAUUAGGGUCUCAGGGGAAUUUCGUCCCUUCUCCUUUCAUAAAUUAUGUAUACGUGAACAAAAAGAAAUUUGGGACCGAAAUUUGAAAGGAACAGUUCUUGAGUAUUAUCACAUGGCCCACAUUGGGAAAACAAAGCAUAGGCGCUAAUGAGGUCUAUUUUGAUAAUUGAUAAAAAGUUAAAAGUCAGCACUAGAGAGAUCCGAGGCAUUAAACAAAUGUGCUCUGUUGUUUUUAUUCUUCUGCUGGUCAAUGAGAUGCAAAUGAGUCUGAGGUAUUUUCUGCCAUCCUUGCCAGCACUCAGAGACCAAGUUAUACUCUCCCCUCAGUCCCUCUUGUCUUAAUUUAUUGGACUGGGAAUAAAGCGAAAGGGCAGAAAAUAUAGGACAAUAAUUGUUGCACUAUGGUGCCAUUUUACUGCAACUACCAGAAUGUUUCCGUUUGUUGUUUUCAUGUGCAAAUUAAGGCUAUUUGUUUAUUAAACCUCUGCGGGAUUGACAAAUUUAAAAAUAAGAAACCAAAAAUGAAAUGAAUUCUGGUAAAUAUAGUCAAAUGUCGUCAUCGUGAAAAUGGCCUAUAGGGUGAAAGUAGGGCGAAAACUAGUACACGGCAGAAGCAAACUGCAAGACUUUUCACGAGGCAAAAAUAUCAGUGUAUGAUGAUUUGAUGGGGAAGUUUAGUGAAGGGAGAGGGGAGGUCCUGUGGUUAGACCCAUGUUAUGGCAUGUAAUGAUACAAUAAUUAUUAUUGUUGCUGUCCAAACAAGGAGUUCAGAUUGGAAAAGAAAACUAGGUAAAAAUUAUCAGAGAUUAAAAUUCUCAUUUUCUUGCAAGCUGAAUGGGGUUAGUAUAUGAUCAAUUAUUUUCUGCUCUCUUUGCAGAAGACUUUCAGAUACUUUUAGUGUGGGUAUAUUUUGCGUCAGUGACAAGAAAGCCAGACUGAAAUAUCACCUAGGCAGUUUUUUUUAGCCAGCCAUACAACAUCUAGAGGAGAUAACAACUACUAAUGAACUCAGUAUCAAAACUCCUUAAUUCAAAAUUUGCCACGUCACUGACAAUAGACUCAUAAAACUCAGUAAUCCCCAUAUUUGUACCCUAGAUAGCAAAUAUGGUCAGAUAUAUCUCUCAGGAAUCUGUGGCUUGUUCACUUCUCUCCAAGGUUUUGAUAAUAUUUCUUAGCCAAUAAUCUCAUCUUUUUAUAUCCAGAUAUAUUUCAUCCUCAAGUUAAAGACGGAUAGGCAGAAUCAGUAAGGAUGAUGAGAUUUUCACAACCAAAGUAUCCCAUCAUAUAUCUUUUGUAGUUAAUUUUUUAUCUCAGGUAAUUGUUGUUUUUCUUUUGUUUUUGGGUAUGGUAAUGUAUGUUAAUGAAGUUGAAACAAAGGAAAAAUAAAACUUACCUGCAUGAGAUAAGAAGUUAACUACAACAUAUUCUAACUGCCCUUAAGCCUCCAAGGAUAUAUCUCUUUGUAUCAUACUUUAACCUAUAAUCUCACCUACCCGUCUAUUUUAAUUUUACAGGUCUUCAGCAUAGGGCAGUUCUAUUUUUAACUCCUUUUGGCUUACCUCUUCAUUUUUCCACCCUUCCAGAAAAGCUGCAAGAAUAAGGUAAGUAGUUUAAAGUACACCAAGAUUGCAUAAGUAUUAGGUUAAUGGAACAUCUCUUAUUAUUUUUUGUGUGUUCACUUCAGCAAUCAUCUGUUUCAUAGUUAAGUUCUUCUGCUUCCCAUCACACCCUGGACGUCACCUGGGUGAGGUGCACAAUUGCACUCAGGAACCAAAUGGUAGCCCAUGACUUUUUUCCAUCGUUAGACAUAUUUGCAAAUGGCUGUCUCUGUCAAGAAAGAUUGUUGAGUUCAAGAAAUUUUGCUACCAUGGUAACUAGCAGUGGCAGAUCCAGACCUUCAGAUAAAGGGGGGGGGGGGGCCUUAGCCCGAAAAAAUUUUUUUGGGGCCUUCCGGUCCCCCGUUGGGUCUAAAAUAAGUGGGGGCCCUACCGACGCCCUACCCCGGACACACCACCUCGAGGCUUUGACUCAUUCUUUGGAUUUCUCAAUUAUGGACGUGAUCACUUUAAUCACACCCACAAUGGCUUCCUGGACUUCUUCAGAGGAGAGGAAGUGACAAGAGAAUAUCAUGGACAGUACGCUACACAUCUAUAUGUAAAGGUAAUACAGUACCCCAUUAAUUAACAGACUUUUUUUUUUUUGACUGUCAAGGAAAAUUUAUUAAAAUGUCGAAAUUAACUUUUGUAAGUAUUUAAAACUGCGAAGAAGGUUGCUUUGGUGACCCUUUGGUGCAAUGUAUUGUAAUUUAUUUAUUGUUUAUUUAUUGUUAUUUGUUAACCGCUUGAAAAGUGCAAUAAAUAAAAAAAUCUGAAAACAAUCAGUUACACAUCUGAAAUUUACGUCUCAAAAAGUUGUGAGUCUGUACACUUUAUAACAGAUAUCAAAAAGAUGGUAAUAAGUGGUCGAAAUGAUGGGUUACUAUGCCUUUCUUUAUGAAAUCAGGAAGCCAGUAGAAUUAUCGCAGAACACAAUUCGUCUACGCCGCCGUUUCUUUACAUGGCGUUUGAGAACGUCCACGACCCGAUUCAAGCGCCCGACGAAUAUCUGAGAAAGUACAAGAUUAUUAAACACAAAGAAAGAAGAGGCUACGCUGCGAUGAUGGAUGUAGUUGAUGAAGCUAUUGGGAAUAUAACGGAGGCGUUUGAAGGAAAAGGGUAAGGAAAAGUCAUGUCGUUUAUAAUGUGAUUGUUUUUCAAAAGUAGAGAGUUAUUUGAGUUUAGCUGUGGGAUCAGUCAUGCUUUUGCGUUUACAGGCUUACGGUUACCACGAAAAAUUUGUGCAUGAUUUUCCCGCCGUUUUUUCAUACCAAUUGUAAUUCGUGAAUUCUUAUUUUUGAAAUUUUCAAUCUUAAGUUUAAUUGAAAAGUUCGUUUUAGUUCAGAAGUCGCAGAUAAAGUCAGAAAAGUAAUUUAAAAAGUAAUAAAUUGACAGUAGAAUUAUUAUUUCCAGAAGACUGGCAAAAUUCUCCGAAAUAAGCACCCAGUCUAAAACGUUUUUAAAUCCUACUGAUUCAUAAAUUGUGUUCAGUCAUUGUGCUGUAUUUUACUUUUCUCCAUUGAGUUUCGUACGUAUGUGAAAAUUUGAGUUGUGCGCAUAUUUUUCACAACAGAGCGCGAAAUGCAAGUUUACAUGGCUGAAGAACAUUUUUUUUGUACAGCCUUCUAAUAUGGCGGUUUUUAAUUGACUUUCGAAGACAAUUAAAUUUCUUGCGCGAAUUCUUUUAUAGAGUACCAGAAAUAAUUUUCGCUCACAACUUUUGACAGACUAAAGCUAACGAUUCUUUCAGGGAAUUCGCACAAAAUGUUGGACCUCUGCCUAAUUAUGCGUCCUUCGUGGAAUUUUAGUGCUGACUGGAAUCUUCCGUAAGCGAAAACCGAUUUUGGGCCACGAUUUUUAGUUUUGCUUGCAGGAGGUUGUCGUUUACAAGCUUUAAGGUAAUGUUACACGAGACGAUUCGCAACAACGACUUUUAGCGUAACACAGCGUGGCAACAUCGUUGCGACAUUGUUUUGGAUAGUUACAGCAUUGUUCCAACAUUGCACCGCUGCGUUGCGCUAAAAAUCAGAGACUUUAAGAUCCAACGACGCGGACGACAACGAGAACGUCAAAAAACAAUAAGUUUAAUUAGCAAAACAACAACUUCGCACGUGCAUCACACUUUUUUGUACAUUUCUUUCCCGUUUUUGCACGACUACGACGUGAAAAUGCCUCAUUUCGCGUUUUAUGGAGGACGUAAACAAGCAACGACGAAAUUUUAUUUCUCUUUCUGAGCUUGAAUUUGGUACCUUGAAAUUCAGCUUCAGGAGGGUUCGCCUACAAUUGACAAAGUAAGUGGGUAGGAAUAACCGCUAUAAAGACUGAAAGAACGCAAAUUCACUUUUUAAGCGACGUUCUUGUCGCCGUCGCGUCCUUGGAUUUAAAGUCCCUGAUGCGAAUCGUACCGUGCAACACUACCUUUACUAGCAUAUUGUUUGAUUGGGAAAGUGAUUUGGGUUUGUAUUAAAAAAAAACUUCGCCUUUUUCUAGAUCUGACUUUUCAGUAACGGGGAUGCAUAUGGACUGGGCAAAACUCAGACAAGAUGGUUCUUCAUGAAUUUAUUUUCAAGAUUUCAACUUGUUUAAUAUAUCAGUUCUUUGUUCUUGCUCCUCAGGUUAUGGAAUGACACACUUGUGAUAUUCAGUUCGGAUAAUGGAGGAGAUCCUGUGAAUAGAGGCUACAACUACCCACUGCGUGGAUACAAGAGAACCCUGUGGGAGGGAGGGGUGAGAGCGCCUGCUUUUGUUUAUGGAAAGAUGCUUAAACAAAAAGGAGUGAUCGUCAAGGAAUUAAUUCAUGUCACAGAUUGGUACCCAACUCUCGUCCGUUUAACAGGUAAUUGAAACUACUUCAUAAACUAGUUAAAGUAACUUUAAGCAAGAUUGAUCAAGCGCACUGAAGCUUCAUUUUAACAUCUUUCCACAAACAAAUCCCACAGAACAACUUAGUUUCAUAAGAAGUCGAUCCACACAAAGGACAUUCGGCAGGUAAUGAACUCUUUUCAAGAGUUGGCUAUCGAAUGGAUUUGUAUAAGUCCAGGAGGCAAUUCGUGAGAGGAGCUCCCUCUCCCCCCUCCCCUCCCCCGCCGCUUCUGGCAUGAGUUAACUCGCCAUUUCCCAGUCCAGACGAGGAGCGGGUAGACGUGCGUACGCGCGUAAGCCGAUGUCUAGCGAGGAGGCUCGACGAAAAACGCUAGAAUUAAUAACAGGUAUACUCUUUCUCUCCUUGCCCUUUAGGUUACCGUUCUAACAAUAAACCUCUAUUCGCCACUCCAUCAACAAUAGGGAGAAUUCGAAUGGACACAAGCUGUCGGCGCGACGAUUUGUGAGAUCUUUGCAUGGACAAGCGUGUGUUAUGAUCGGUUACUAACGCUUUUCCACCCAUGCGAUCCCAUAAAUCUUCUUACCGAAGGCUUGCCCCCUUUCUCCGUGAAAGUUAUGGAGUGAAAAAUUGAAUAGGUCCACAUAAGCUAUCUUCAACUAAUCUCUUAGGUGGUACCAUGGACUCUAAUGAUAUUCCAGUAGACGGCUUUGACGUUUGGGACACCAUUGCAAAGGGAGUACCUUCACCCAGAACUGAAAUCCUCCUAAAUAUCGAUUUUCCUGAGAAAAGGCCUGGCCUUCUUCUGACCUAUGACACGUGGUACACGGGAGCGGCAAUUCGUGUCGGCGACAUGAAGUUGUUGAUGCAUGUCCCCAAUGCCACUUGGUACCAGACUCCAGAGGAUGGCGGGAUUGCCCCACCGAUGGAAGACAUUUGGGUAACAGUGUGAUAAUUCAUUCCUCCCUCCCCCAUCAUCCCGAGACCUCCUGCCCCCCUACCACCACCACCCAUUUUUCUUUCUUUACCACAGAAGAUUGAUCACCCGUUACUAUUUUAACCUGAGGGAUCACCAACCUACAGAAUGUUAAAUGGUUAAUCGAGCAAUUUAACGUAAAAACGUUUGAAAAUUACCAGGUGGAAGCAGACAGCCUUAAAAUACAAAAUAUUAGUUUUUUUUCUCUUAAACAAAACAAAAAAACAAUGGCUACUCGCAAGGCACGCGGUGGGGGUGUGUUUCUUUCAGACAAGCGAGCCUCAUACGAACUCGUACCUCCUUUUUGGGUUUUCUUCUCAAAGUCUCACUCUCCAUAUUCCACACUCGCUCCCGUCUUUUCGUUUGAAGACCAUUUCGUUUUCGUAUGAACAACAUAAAAAUACAGUCAACUCUCUUUAAGACGGACACCUUCGAGACCGGCCCGACUGUCCGUCUAAGAGAGGUGUGCGGCUUAUAAAGAGUCGAGAUUAAAGUGACACCAGAUAUUAUAAGAGAAUAAAAAUGAACUCAUUCGCAAUGAACACACUUCUGUUUAACUUGUACAAGACAGCAAAAACUGGAACAUUGAAAAAAAAAAAGGGGGAAUCAUUUUUCUCAUUUUUCAAUGUACAUUGUACAUCACUUUAUACGACUUGUUGUUUAAGCUGCAAAGGAGAAAUUUGUCAGCAUAAGUCCUUGACGUGUUUUUGACUUCUUCUUUCUCUCUUUCUUUCUCAGGAUCAAAAAACAAACAUUGUAGAAUUGGCUCUUUUCAACAUAUCCGCUGAUCCGACUGAACGACACGAUGUAAGCCGCAGACAUCCUGAUAUUGUGCGGCAAUUAAAGGCACGCAUACAUGAAUAUCAGAAAACCGCUGUCCCACCCGGAAUCGUCCCAGAUGAUAUAAUGGCAUUAGUUUUUGCCAUGAAAAAUAAAGCUUGGGUACCCUGGAGAAACACCUGCAAUGCGAGAUGA